GGGGGGGGGGUGGGGGGCCAGGCCCCGGGAUUGGCGGGCGCCGCGCUCGGUGCGUUACGGCGCGGCCGUGCCCGCAGCGCGGAGCUGUCCGCGGUGCUGACCGCCGCCGGCCAUGGGCUCGCCGCCGCCCGCGCUGCUCCUGCCGCUCCUCGCCGCGCUGCUCCGCGCACCGGCACACGGCUUCAACGGGCUGGCGAGGAAGUCAGGGGAGAGCGCCGAGGCUGAGGGGGAGCCGACGGCGCUGCCCACGCCAGCGGAGCGGGAGGCGGAGGCUCGUUUCGUGAGCACAGCGCCCACGCUGAAGCUCCUCAACCACCACCCGCUGCUGGAGGACCUGCUGCACGAAGCCUUCUUGAAGAAGGACUACCUGGGCCAGGCGCCAUUCCUGCCCGCUGGCCCUGGCCCCAUCCUGCCUGCCAGUGCCCUCCAGCCAGACCCCGGCCCCCCAGCCCCCGAGCCCCCGCCACGCACCCCUGCCCUGCCCAGGGCCGCCUUCCCCACCGACCCGUUGACCACUCCGGCGGGGCGCCCAGGGCCAUGGGGGGAGGCAUGGGGGGCCAUGCCGGGUGCCGAUCUCUCGUGGUCCCCUGAUGGGGUGCUGGAGUCAGGCCCCGUGUCCCCCAGCCAGGCACCCACAUCCCUGGAACCCCGCACUGGGGCUGCCGUGGUCCCCGGGGAUGAGGAGGGGACCACCACCACCUCCACCAUCACCACCACCACUGUCACCACGCUGCAGGGGCCAGUCCCCUGCAACCGGACGCUGGCAGGCCCCGAGGGCUGGCUGGUGUCCCCAGAGCCAGCCGGUGUCCCCUACGAUGGCAGCCUGGACUGUACCUACACUGUCUCCGUCUACCCUGGCUACGGCGUGGAGCUCAAGGUACAGAACAUCAGCCUGGCGGAGGGGGAGACGCUGACGGUGGAGAGCGCGGGGGGUCUGGAGCCCACCCUCCUGGCCAACGAGUCCUUCCUGCUGCGGGGUCAGGUCAUCCGCAGCCCCGCCAACCUCCUCACCCUCCGCUUCCAGAGCCCCCGGCCCCCCAGCCCCGGCUCCUACCACUUCCAUUACCAAGCCUACCUGCUGAGCUGCCCCUUCCCGGCGCGGCCGGCUUUCGGGGAGGUCUCGGUCAGCAGCCUGCACCCCGGCGGGGAAGCCCGAUUCCGCUGCACCCCUGGCUACCAGCUGCACGGCGCCCGCCGGCUCACUUGCCGCAAUGCCACCCGCCCCUUCUGGAGCACCCGUGAGCCCCUCUGCCUCGCGGCAUGCGGUGGGGUGGUCCGGAAUGCCACGGUGGGACGCAUCGUCUCGCCCGGCUUCCCCGGGAACUACAGCAACAACCUGACUUGCCACUGGCUGCUGGAGGCGCCCGCCGGCCACCGCCUGCACCUCCACUUCGAGAAGGUCUCGCUGGCAGAGGAUGACGACAGCACCCUGCCCCUGCCAUGCCUUGGCAGGCUCAUCAUCCGCAACGGCAACAACGUGGAGGCACCACCAGUGUAUGACUCCUACGAGGUGGAGUACCUGCCCAUCGAGGGGCUGCUCAGCACCGCGCGCCACUUCUUCGUGGAGCUCACCACCGACAGCAGUGGGGCCGCUGCGGGCAUGGCGCUGCGCUACGAGGCCUUCGAGCAGGGGCAUUGCUAUGAACCCUUUGUCAAGUAUGGGAACUUCACGGCCAGUGACCCCCGGUACCCCGUGGGCACCACAGUGGAGUUCAGCUGCGAUCCCGGCUACACGCUGGAGCAGGGCUCCACCAUCAUCGAGUGCGUCGAUCCCAAUGACCCGCAGUGGAAUGAGACGGAGCCGGCGUGUCGCGCGGUGUGCAGCGGGGAGCUGACGGACGCGGCCGGCGUGGUGCUGUCGCCCAACUGGCCGGAGGCGUACGGCAAGGGCCAGGACUGCAUCUGGGGGCUGCACGUGGAGGAGGACAAGCGUGUCAUGCUGGACGUCCGCGUGCUGCGGCUGGGCACGGGGGACGUGCUGACCUUCUAUGAUGGGGACGACCUGACGGCACGCAUCCUGGGCCAGUACACGGGUGCCCACGGCCGCUUCAAGCUCUACGCCUCCUCCGCCGACGUCACCGUCCAGUUCCAGUCUGACCCCGGUGCCGGCGCCUUCGCCUAUCGGCAAGGCUUCGUCAUCCACUUCUCCGAGGUCCCCCGUAACGACACCUGCCCCGAGCUGCCGGACAUCGCCAACGGUUGGAAGACAUCCUCGCAGCCGGAGCUCCUCCACGGCACCGUGGUCACCUAUCAUUGCUACCCCGGCUUCCAGCUGUCCGGCACCGACCUCCUGAUGUGCCACUGGGACCUGACGUGGAGCGGCGACCUGCCCUCCUGCGAGCGGGUGACCUCCUGCCGGGACCCCGGGGACGCCGAACACAGCCGCAGGGUGGUCUCCAGCCCUAAAUUCCCGGUGGGAGCCACCGUGCAGUACGUCUGUGACAAGGGCUACAUCCUGGCGGGCGCCGGGACCCUCACCUGCCACGACCGCGCCGUGGGGGGACCCAAGUGGAGCGACCGUCUCCCCAAGUGCAUCCCGGAGACGUACGAGCCUUGUCACAACCCCGGUGUGCCGGCGGGUGGGCGGCAGAGCCCCGAGCGGCGGCUGUACCCAGCGGGAGCCACUUUACACUUCUCCUGCACCGCUGGCCGGGUGCUGCUGGGCGAGGGCAGCCUGCGCUGCCUGCCUGGGCACCCCUCGCACUGGAGCGGCUCGCCUCCCAUCUGCAAGGCCGCCUCCUACGAUGAGUUUUACAGCAACCGCAACCUGGAUGCCGUGGCCAAGGCUGUGCCCUCGGGGACGGCACUGGAGGGCACCAAUGUCGCCAUCGCUGUCUUCCUGCCCGUGCUGGUGGUGGCUCUGCUCAUCGGGGGCAUUUACCUCUACUUCUCCAAGCUCCAGGGGAAGCCGGCCCUGCAGCUGCCCCUCUCCGGCUCCCACCCCUACGACCACAUCACCGUGGAGUCAGCUUUCGACAAUCCCACCUACGAGACAGGAGCCACACAUGGUCUGGGACAUGCAUCCAGGGACCACACAUCAUCUGGGACAUCCAUCCAUGGACCACACACGGGCUGGGACAUCCAUCCAUGGACCACACAUCAUCUGAGACAUCCAUCCAUGGACCAUAUAUGGGCUGGGACAUCCAUCCAGGGACCACACAUCAUCUGGGACAUCUACCCAUAGACCACACAUGGGAUGGGACAUGGAUCCCCAGGGCUGUCUGUGAUCUGGGAUGUGCCCCCAGGUCCCAGAGGGGUGGGAGAUGCCCUGUCCCUGUCCCGGGCACCCCGCCGCACCACCAAGUGUCCAACCCCUCGCAGUCUGUUUUCUUUGCAGGAGACGAGGGAAUAUGAGGUGUCCAUCUAGGCGUGGAGCUGGGCGCCCCAGCCACCCCUCCCGGGUCCCCCCCGUGCCCGCUGGCCCCUGGCACGGGUCGGCCACACCUCUCCCAAGGAGACUCAAGCCAGGACUGACCCAGGCACCGGUCACCCCCCUGCCACCCCCAACCCACCCAGACCCCUGUGGGGUCUGCCUGAGCCCCGCUGUCACCUGCCCCCCCGCCUCAGGACUUACAGGGUGCUGAGCCGCAGGGGGUCUCCAGGCCCCAUCCUGACUCCCCCCCCAAAGCCCUGCAGGGGCACAGCAGCCCCCCCAGCCCCUGUGAUAGAGGGGGGACCUGGGCAGGGGGAGUGGGGCCACAGGGACCCCUCCCCACAUAAGGACAGGGCUCCCCAGGGCUGCAGUGGGGAAGGGAGCAGUGGGACACCCUGCAAAGUCCCGGGGGUGGGGAGAGCGAGGGGCUUGGGUGGCCAUGGGGGUGCUCCCCCCCCCCUCCAAAACACAGGGCCUGCCCCCCCCCCCCCCCCCCCGCACCCCCAUAUCUCCCACCACCGCCAUGCAGGGAUGUGUUGCCCCCCCCACUCCCGUACCCCGAGCAUGAUGCGUCCGUGUCGUCUCCCCGCUUCAACCGGUCCCCCGCUUGCUUCGCCCUCCCCGGGGUGUGUGUGUGUGUGUCCCCCCCCCCAAACCCCGUCCCGGUACCUUACCUGGGCCAAAUCCGGGCUGCCAGCCCGGGGUGACGGGGUGGGCUGGGGGGCACCGGGCAUGGCUGUGCCCCCCAGCCGCGUCCCGCCCGGGCUGGUUGCCACGGCCCCGGCCCCAGACCGCCCCCCCCCCCGCCCCCGUCUGAAGAGGACCCCC